UUCCUUUUCAUUGUUUCUUGAGCCUAGAGUCUAUCAAAGACAGUCUCUCCACCUUCACAAAGACAGGAGUAUGGUUUGCGUACACAUUAUGCUCCUCAUACCCCACUUGUGGGAUUACACUGGGUUUGUUGUUGUUAAUGUUGGUUGCUUCCUUUUCACUGUUUCUUGAGCCUAGAGUCUAUCAAAGACAGUCUCUCCACCUUCACAAAGACAGGAGUAUGGUUUGCGUACACAUUAUGCUCCUCAUACCCCACUUGUGGGAUUACACUGGGUUUGUUGUUGAUGUUGUUGUUAUCAUAUAUGAAUUUCAUUCGAUGGGAGAAUUGCUCUUUUGACGAUUAGCAGUUGCUGGAAAAAGCAAUAGACAAGAUUUGUAAACAGGAACUCCUUUGGGAUCAUAUGAAGUAGAAUAAAGCAGAAGUAGUUUAACAAAUUACUCUGUGCAGGAAAUUCAUUACCAAGAUUUCCUGCAGUUUUUGGAUUUUUCUGAAGCAAGUGUCAGGAAGGGGCAUCUAGUGGAGUGACUGGAAUUAUUAGUUUGUCAAAAUUAUUAUAUUCCAGUGGAAGGAUUGCAAUAAUACCAGUUUGAUGACUUUUUCAUCAAUUGCAUAUUUUCGUUUGUGGAAUUUUCAAAUAUUUGGACUAUGGUGGUUGAUUAGUUGGGAAUGUUUGGCUGUAUUACUGGUUUGGUAGAAUUUUCAAAGUCUUUUCUUCUUCUUCUUCUUCUUCUGAGAUGAUGAGAUAAGCACAUUGAUGUCAAUUUAUGGACACUUGAAUGUUCGUUUGAGUGUUCAUCUCUUCCCUUGACUUGUCAAUACUCUUUCACAACAGGUACUCGGGAAUGAAGAUAUUGUUGGCUGAUUUACUUCUCUUAUUUUUGUAUUUUUAUUUAGUUAGCUGCAAUAAUAUUCGUUCAGAUGCGUUGUUGCCUGGCAGUUUACUUUCCUUUUCUGCAGGAGAUACAUUAGUAUCCAAACUAGGGAAGUUUGAACUUGGUUUCUUCUGUCCAGGUAAUUGCGAUAAGCUCUUUAUUGGUAUAUGGUAUUCAAACAUAAAAACCAAAACUGUAGUUUGGAUAGCAAAUAGGGACAACCCCAUUCGCCCUCCAUUUAAUAAUUCUCAUCUAGAGCUGACUGAUGGAAACCUACAACUAUUGGAUACACUUAAAAUAAGAGUUUGGAGUACUAAUGUAUCUAUAGCUUCAAAAGAAGAUGGCAAUAGGGCAGUACUUCUUGACUCUGGAAAUUUAGUUUUGACAAAUGGCAUUGAGAUAAAGUGGCAGAGUUUUGAUUAUCCAACAGAUACAUGGCUUCCUGGUGCAAGGAUUGGAUUCGAUAAGAGCAAGAACACACUCCAGAAACUUACUUCUUGGAGGAAUCUGAAUGAUCCGGUUACAGGAAAGUACUCUUUGCAAUUAGACAAGAAUCAAAAUGGUGAGUUAGUACUACUAGAUAACCGCGUGGAAAACUGGAGGAGUGGGCCUUGGGACGAAGGAGGGUUUGCUUCUCUUGCUGAAAUAAAGGGUGUAUUCAACUUCAGCUAUGAUCCAACUAAAGAUAGUAAAUAUAUUACUUACAAUGUCUUUGGUGAAUCUGACAUUUCUCGAAUUGUCCUAGACUCUCAAGGGCUGAUACGUGUAUGGUUCUGGUCCAAAGACGAUCAGAAGUGGCUAUUAGUGUUGCUUGGACCUGCUGAUUCUUGUGACCGAAUAAACAUCUGUGGUUCUUUUGGAAUUUGUGACAUAAAUUCUGCUCCACCCUGUGAAUGUUUACAAGGUUAUGAGCCGAAGUAUAAAUUAGACUGGGAUAUUAAUGACUAUUCUGGUGGGUGUGUGAGAAAAACUCCAAUGCAGUGUGGCAGCAAAAACGUAGGUUUUGUCCAUAUACAAAAUGUAAAACUUCCUGCGUCAUCUGAAUCAAUGCUAGUGGGGAAUGAUCAGAUCUGUGAAUAUAUAUGUUUGUCCAAUUGCUCAUGUAAUGCGUAUGCUUACAGCAGCGGUGGACAGUGCUUAUUAUGGAAUGGCAAUGUGUUCGAUCUGAAAAGAUUACGUAACAAUUCAAGUCAAGUAGAGUUCAACCUUAAGCUUUUUGAGAGCUCCAACAAAGGAAAGAAGAAACCACUGUUGGUAGCACUAGCAGCAUCCAUCACUUCAGCAAUAUUUGUCUGUGGUACAUGCUGUUACUUUCUAUGGAGAAGACAUCUCAGGGAAAAAGGGAUUUUGAGAAAGAAAAAGUUCAGGGAAAUGUUACUUGCUGAGUUAGCAACUAACUUGGCAAAACCUGGACAUUCCAGUAAUAAGGGACAAGAAAAGAAAAGUGACAUUGAACUGAAGUUCUUUGAAUUACAUGACCUGAAAGUUGCGACAGACAAUUUUUCCCUCGACAAUAAGCUUGGAGAAGGAGGUUUUGGGGCUGUUUUUAAGGGUCAAUUACCAGAUGGGCAGCAAAUAGCUGUGAAAAGGCUAUCAACUCAAUCAAGGCAAGGUAUAAGUGAAUUCAAAACUGAGGCCCUUCUCAUUGCAAAACUCCAACACAGAAAUCUUGUUAGGUUCCUUGGCUGCUGUGUAGAAGACGAGGAGAAAAUGUUGAUAUAUGAAUACAUGCCAAACAAAAGUUUAGACUAUUUCAUAUUCGACGAGAGCAAGAAGUCGUUGCUUGAUUGGAAAAAGCGGCAUGAAAUCAUUAUUGGAAUAGCUAGAGGGAUACUCUAUCUUCAUCAGGACUCAAGACUGAAAAUAAUACACCGUGAUCUGAAAGCCAGCAACAUUCUUUUGGAUGAAGAUAUGAACCCCAAGAUAUCAGAUUUUGGUACUGCUAGAAUAUUUAGUGGAAACCAAAAUGAAGCUAAGACUCUUCGAGUUGUUGGAACAUAUGCCUAUAUGUCACCUGAAUAUGCUCUAGCUGGUCUGUUCUCAGUAAAAUCCGAUGUUUUUAGCUUUGGCGUUAUGUUAUUGGAGGUCAUUAGUGGAAAAAAGAACAGGAUAUCUUAUAACAGUGAUUCCCCUCCAAAUUUGAUACGGCAGGCCUGGGAACUGUGGAAUGAUGGCAAGGCUUUUGAGCUGAUAGAUCCAACAAUAGUUGAUUCUUGUCCCAAUGAGGAAGUACUACGCUGUAUUCAAAUAGGACUAUUGUGUUUGCAUAUCGAUGCAGCACACAGACCAACAAUGUCAUCAAUUCUGUUCAUGCUAAGUAAUGAGGCAACAGUUCCCUCCCCGAAGCAGCCAUUGAUUACCCUUACCUCCAACUUGAAUACUACAGAAACAACAUCAUCUUCGAUCAAUGAGGUGACAAUUACAGCACCUGAUGUUCGUUAGUUGUGUGAUAUGUUUAUGUAUUUCUGUUAUAUGUUGUCCAAACAUUCAAGUUGGCACUACUUCCUAAAGUAUGAGGUAAUCUUCCAUGACUCAAUGCAUUAAAUUAGAAUAGAAUUUGAUAUAACAAAUGAUUGUACUUUGACACUGCUCCUCAAAGUAAAGAAUAACAUAUUAUUUUGAU